AUGUGGUGCCGUCAGUUACUUCCCUUGCUUGCACUCUUGUCUCCUGCACUAGCAGGUGUACAAGAGCUUUGGUGGAACGUCACCUACGUCGAGAACGCAAAUCCAGAUGGCCUCUUUGAACGCCGUGUCGUUGGCGUCAACGGAACCUGGCCACCUCCACCGAUUGAGGUAAACAACACAGAUUCAUUGCUUGUGCAUGUAACAAAUAGCAUCGAUACACUUGCGACACUGCACCACCAUGGCAUGUUCUUUAACUCAACGUCCUGGAUGGAUGGAGCAAUAGGAGUUGCGCAAUGUGGCAUACCCAUGGGCCAGACGUUCGAUUAUGUUGUACCCAUCAACACCUCCGGCCAAGUCGGAACAUAUUGGGCGCAUGGUCAUGCAAACGGGAUAUAUGUGGAUGGUCUGCGCACGCCUCUUCUGCUGCAUUCUGCAAAUGAAACUUAUGGCGCGGAUUACGAUGCUGAGUUCACUAUCAUGCUGAGUGACUGGUAUCAUCAAGAACACACCGUCCUCAUGGAAUCCUUCAUCAGCAUAGCAAAUCCCGGCGGGGCCGAGCCUAUCCCUGAUGCUGCUCUCAUAUAUUUCUCCCAAAAUGGUUCCUACCUGCCACCGAUCUCAGGGAGUCACCCAUCCCCGGUAACAAGCGCGGUGGGUUUCAACGAGAACUCGACCCUUCCGUUCGAGCCUGGUAAAACGUACAGGCUGCGCAUAAUCAACAUGGGCGCAUUCGCAGGGUUCUACUUCUGGAUCGACGGGCAUGAAAUGCAAAUCAUCGAAGUUGACGGUACAGACACACUGCCGCAGCCCGCUGAUGUCCUGAGUCUGGCAGUAGCUCAGCGUUACUCUGUGCUUGUCACUGCGAGGAAUGAUACAUCGUCGAAUUGGGCCAUCCAUGCGAACAUGGAUACAAGCAUGUUUGACAAGGUUCCCAGUACUCUAAAUCCAAAUAUUACCUCCACCAUCACAUACUCCGCCUCCGCUAACACCACUAAUCUGACUACCAUAUCCUCCUAUACCUUGGUAAACGAUACCUCUCUGGUUCCCUUCGCCGCUUUGCCUGCGCCCAACCCAACAGACACCCUUGAUCUUGUGUUCAACUUCGCGACAAUGAAUGAUGGGACAAAUCAUGGUUACAUAAACGAUUUGGUUUAUAAUUCGCCAGUGGUACCCGCGAUCAUAAGCGCGUUGACCCUAGGCGACAAUGCCACUAGCCAAGUGGCAUACGGGCCGUACAGCUUUGUGUAUAACUACGGAGACGUAAUCGACCUUGUGGUGAUGAAUGCCGAUAAGGGAAAGCAUCCCUUCCAUUUGCACGGAUACAAGAUGCAGAUUGUCAAUACAGCGACAGAUUAUACCUCCGAUGAUCCGUCCCUGAACCCACCGCUUGUCGAAGGGCAAGCAAACCCGAUGCGUCGUGACACGGUAACUAUCCCUGGCGGUGGUCACAUCGAAUGGCAUCUUGAUUCGGGUCUUGCGGUCCAGUUCAUAACUGCUCCCCUUCAGAUACAAGAACAGGCACAGGGCCGCGUGCCCUCGUUUUUGUACGACCAGUGUACUGCGCUCGGAAUCCCCGCGAGCGGCAACGCUGCAGGAUACGCGAGCCCAACUGACUUGUCGGGCCUCCCGCUUGGCCCGUGGUUCCAGAAGCUCGGUUGGCUGACUAAAGGCAUCUUGGCAAUGGCUGGAUGCGUGUUGACCGCCGUCUUGGGCAUCCUCACCGUUGUGUGGUAUUCUGCUAUGGGAGGUACUAUCACUGAGGAGGAGAUAGAGGAGGCGGUGCUCAAGCGCAUCGAGGAGAAGGAACGCAAAGGAAAGUUCUUCGGUCUGAUUAAGAAAAAGACCUGA